UAUGGGGGUGUUUUCUUAAAUCCCAAAAGAAAUAUGAGAAAUCCCAGAAAAAUAGUAUUUGUUUCAGUCCAUGAAAAACAGCAAGAAGCAGAAUUGGAAAUAUUAAGGAAAUUGCCGUUGCUGCUGCAGCCUGCAGGCAGGCAUUGAAGAAGAAGUUGAGAGGAAAACAAGGCUAAGCAAAGUAAUGAUUCAAUUCCCUUCGGAGACUAACAAAAAUGAGUCUUCAACAAGAAAGUUUAGUUCUUUUCAUCACCAUCAUCACAAUUUUUAUUGCCGCCACAAGUACUCCAACUAGAGCUCAGAAGUCCAACAGCAGCGAUUGUGAAUCUUCUUGUGGAACUGGGAAAUCAGCUAAAGUUGUCCCAUACCCUUUUGGUUUCUCAAGAGGAUGUCCCAUCAGUUUACAGUGCAACCACACAGUCGGUGACGUCAAAAUUGGUGAAUUUCAAGUCCAGAACAUAACCCCAAAUGUCAUCAUGAUCAAUAUUCUAGCAGACUGUAAUCGUUCUAUUGAAAGAAUGAAGCCUCUUUUUGGCAAGAACUUUGGUCCUUCUUCGAAUAACAGUUUGUUACUUCAAAACUGUGACAAGCCUUUAAAUAGUUGUGUUAUUCCAACAAGUUCAUUACGAAGAGACUUGACGUUAACAAAUUGUGGUAAUAAAAAUUACGACUUGAAUUGUUACUCUCAAGUGCCCAGAGAUUUUGAUACUCUUGGUUAUGAUAAUAUGACUUCAACUCGCUGCAAGUCUGUUUUCUCUUCGCUUUUUCUUGGGUGGGAGGGUUCGGCUGUUUCUUUCCAGUUUGAAAGAGUUGAAUUGGAAUGGUGGCUUGAAGGUGAUUACAAUACUCUCUGCUCAAAUAAUGCGAAUGGUACUAAAGUUAAGCUUUGGAAUGGGAGAGUUGGAUUCAGGUGUCAUUGCGCUGAUGGGUUCACCGGAGAUGGGUUUGCAGCCGGGAAUGGUUGCCGGAAAGUUUCUAAGUGCAGUGCUUCAAAGUACAUGUCUGGCGAAUGUGGAGGAACUACUAGAGUAGGUGUUCUUGUUGGAGGGCUUAUUGCUGGAGCUUUGUUAAUGGCUGGUUUGGCUUUUCUCUGUUACUAUGUCCGGCGCAAGUCCACUUCUUUGCGGAAUCGGUUAAGUGCAAAGCGCCUUCUAUGUGAAGCUGCAGGCAACUCUAGUGUCCCGUUUUUUCAAUAUAAAGAAAUUGAAAAGGCCACUAAUGGCUUCUCUGAGAAACACAGGCUAGGAAUCGGAGCCUAUGGUACAGUUUAUGCUGGAAAACUCAACAGUGAUGAUUUGGUUGCCAUAAAAAAGCUCAGACAUAGAGAUACUGACAGCAUUGAUCAAGUCAUGAAUGAAAUAAAGCUCCUUUCAUCAGUGAGCCAUCCGAAUCUGGUUCGUCUUUUAGGUUGUUGCAUAGAGGAGGGUGAACCAAUCCUAGUCUAUGAAUUUAUGCCUAAUGGAACUUUGUGUCAGCAUCUACAACAAGAGAGGGGCACCGGGCUCCCAUGGACAGUUAGACUCACCGUUGCUACUGAAACUGCAAAGGCCAUUGCCUAUCUCCAUUCAGUCAUAAAUCCACCAAUUUACCACCGAGACAUAAAAUCUAGCAACAUACUCUUGGAUUACAACUAUAGAUCAAAGGUAGCUGAUUUCGGUCUUUCCAGACUCGGCAUGGUCGAAUCAUCUCACAUAUCAACAGCCCCGCAAGGAACUCCAGGCUACCUUGAUCCUCAAUACCAUCAAUAUUUCCAUCUUUCUGAUAAAAGUGAUGUCUACAGUUUCGGAGUAGUUCUUGUAGAGAUCAUAACUGCACUGAAAGCAGUUGAUUUUUCUCGCCCCCACAGUGAGGUUAAUUUGGCUGCACUUGCCAUUGAUAGGAUUGGAAGAGGUUGCGUGGAUGAGAUAAUAGAUCCAUAUCUUGACCCAAAUAGAGAUGCCUGGACCUUAACAUCUAUUCUUAGCGUGGCUGAGCUUGCAUUUAGAUGCCUUGCUUUUCAUAGGGAUAUGAGGCCUACCAUGUUGGAAGUGGCAGGAGAGCUAGAACAGAUCAUGCUCAGUGCAUGGAUUCCAACCAUGUUCAUGGCAUCCCCGUCAGCUUCGUCUUGCUCCUCGCAAAAUGGAAGUCAGAAAUCGCUGAGCGUCUCUAUUGGUAGAAAGGCAGGGUUAGCUAGAGGGAAAUUACUUCUUCCGCAGAGAACAGAUAGCUUGACUUCAUUGGAAGAGACGAAGGAUAGCUCCCCCGUUUCUGAGCAGGAUACUUGGUUGAGUGAACAGAGCUCACCUUCAACAAACAGCUUGUUGGGUAAUGUAGUUCGUUGACAAAACUGUUUCUUUUGGGUGCUUAGCUUCGAAUCCUUUUUGCGAAAAACAUUUAGGUACUCUUACAGUUCUCUAUUACUCUCUUACUACAUAUCUAUAUAUCGCUUGCAGAAA